AUGAGAUGGUGACCUCGCUGGGAUUUCACGUUCCCAAACCUGAGCUGAUCGCCCAGCUGGAACGAGGGGAAGAGCCAUGGGUCCCAGAUCUCCAGGCCUGGGAGGAAAUGGAGAACCCGAGAGGCACCUGCACAGGCGAUAGGACAGUGAGUGAGAACAAGGAGGAGAAUCAACAGGAGGAAGAUCCUGAGCAAGUGAAACCGCAGGAGAGGUUUUUGAGAAGAGCUGAACGGAAUUUUUCCCAGUGCUUGGAACAGGGAGAAGCCUGGGGAGAUCGACACGGAUCAGAGAUGCAGCUGGGAAACUAUCCCAGGAACAAACUGGAUGAAUCCACUACAUGUGGCGGAGGAUGUAAGGAUCUCAAGGAAACCACAAUGCAGCAGACAAGUCACAAUGAAGAGAAACCCUACAAAUGCCUUGACUGUGGGAAACGAUUCCAUUUCAGUGCAAACCUUCUUACACAUUGGAGAACCCACACAGGAGAGAACUUCUAUAAAUGCAUAGACUGUGGGAAAAACUUCAGUAAGAAGUCAUUUCUUAUUAUACAGCAGAGACUGCAUAUGGGAGAGAAACCUUAUAAAUGCCUUGAGUGUGCAAAAGUUUUCACUGUGCGAUCGGCCCUUAUUAAACGUGAGAGAACCCACACAGGGGAGAAACCCUAUAAAUGCAUGGACUGUGGGAAAACUUUUGGUCAGAGUUCAGACCUUAUUAAACAUAGGAGAAUCCACACAGGAGAGAGACCUUAUAAAUGCCUUGAGUGUGGGAAAAAUUUCAUUCGCCGCUCACACCUUAUUAAGCAUCAGAGAACACACAGAGGCGACAAACCCUAUAAAUGCCUCGACUGUGGGAAAAGUUUCUUUGACAGAACAAAACUUACUAGACAUCAGGCAAUCCACACAGGAGAGAGACCGCAUAAAUGCUUGGACUGUGGGAAAAGCUUCAUUCAGAAGUCACAAUUUAUUAUACACCAGAGAGUGCACACAGGAGAGAGACCCUUUAAAUGCUGUGAGUGUGGGAAAAGUUUUAUUCAGAAAUCACAGCUUAUUACACAUCAACGAACCCACACAGGAGAGAGACCUUAUAAAUGCCUUGAGUGUGGGAAAAGUUUUAUUCAAAGUUCAUCUCUUAUUCAACAUAGGAGAAUCCACAAAGGAGAAAGACCCUAUAAAUGCCUUGAGUGUGGGAAAAAUUUUAUGGAACGUUCAUCCCUUGUUAAACAUAGGAGAAUCCACACAGGAGAAAGACCCUAUAAAUGCCUCGAGUGUGGGAAAAGUUUUAUGGAAAGUUCAUCCCUUACUAAACAUAAGAGAAUCCACACAGGAGAAAGACCUUAUAAAUGCCUUGAGUGUGGGAAAGAUUUCAUUCGUAGCUCACACCUUAUUAAGCAUCAGAGAACACAUAGAGGUGACAAACCCUAUAAAUGCCUCGAUUGUGGGAAAAGUUUAGUUGACAGAACAAACCUCACUAGACAUCAGGCAAUCCACACUGGAGAGAAACCCCAUACAUGCUUGGACUGUGGGAAAAGCUUCAUUCAGAAGUCACAACUUAUUCUACACCAGAGAGUGCACACAGGAGAGAGACCCUUUAAAUGUCUUGACUGUGGGAAAAGUUUUAGUGAGAGCUCAAAGCUUACUAGACAUCAGAGAACCCAUACAAGAGAGAGAACCUAUGGAUGCCUUGAGUGUGGGAAAAGAUUUAUGCAAAGUUCAUCCCUUAUCAAACAUGGGCGAAUCCACACAGGAGAAAGACCCUAUAAAUGCCUCGACUGUGGGAAAGGUUUUAUUGCAAGUUCAGCCCUUACUAAACAUAGGAGAAUCCACACAGGAGAAAGACCCUAUAAAUGCCUUGAGUGUGGGAAAACUUUCAGUCAGCGCUCACAUCUUACUCAACAUGGGAGAACGCACACAGGAGAGAAACCCUACAAAUGCCCUGAGUGUGGGAAAAGUUUCAGUUUCAAAUCAGGCCUUAAUAUGCAUCGGAAAACCCACACAGGAGAGAAAUCCCAUAAAUGCUUGGACUGUGGGAAAACUUUCAGUCAGCGCUCAUACCUUACUAAACACAGGAGAAUCCACACAAGAGAGAGACCUUAUAAAUGCCUUGACUGUGGGAAAAGCUUCAGUAAGACUUCAGAGCUUACCAAACAUGAGAGAAGCCACAAAGGUGAGAGACCCUAGGAAUAGCUUCACUGCAGGAAAAGAUUCAAUUUGACUUCACGCUUCAGUGACCCACACAACAGAGACCUUGAAUGUGGGGGAAGCUUCAUUUGAUGCUCCCGGAGUAUCAGGCAUCUGCAAAUCCGCACAGGGAAGAAACCUCUGAGAUGUUCUCAGUGUGGAAAAUGCUCCAAGUGGAGCUAACACCAUGUUGGACAUCAGAGACUCCUCCACACAGCAGGGAAAUUCUCUCAGGGGCCUGACUGGGGCCGGCCAUGGUGACAAACCCAUUUCCUCAUUCCCACACACAGCAGGGGCAUUGGCUCCCAAAGAUCCAGCUGUCCAUCGCUGGGGUGAGGAUCCAGCAGCAGCCGAGCAGCAGCUGGUCAGUGACCCUCUGGCUCUGCCUGGUCUAAGCAAACCCCAGGCAGAGGAGGAGAAGCCCGGAUCAGCCCCUCCCCCCUGCUGCAGCCCUGGCUGCUGAGCUGAUGGGCCACAGGUGCGGGAAGGGAGAGAGAGAAAAACUCCUCCAGAUGCUCCCUCUGCCUGGCUGAAGUUCCCCAUCUGCAUGGACGGUGGGUGAACGUGCCCUUGGGGGGAGGCUAGCCCCUGGCCCAUCCCCCUCUGCCUGAGGCCCUGCCACUUCUGCUCCAGCAGGCAGGAGGGGGCCUAGUGGAGUGUGGGUGGGGCCAUGCUAGGGUGUUUCGGGAGGCAUGGCCUCCCCCAGCUUACUAUACCCGCCGCCCAUGCCCCUCUCUCUUCCCUUCCCAGCCUGGAUUCCCCCUGCCAUGGAGACGAGGCGAAGGACCUUUGGGCCAGGCCCCACCUUCACUCUAGACACCUGUCCCCACCCCCUAGCUCUUGGGCUGGGCUUCCCCACUUACCUGGGGUUGUUCCCUGCAGGGCAAGUGUCCGUGGGGGCUGGUAACUCCUCCCCUCCCUGAAUCCCCCAGGGUGCUGGGCUCUGGGGCAUCAACAGUUAAGGUACCAGGGGGAUGGGUUAUGGGGACGACUC